GACAUUUUAACAGUCUCUAUGCCACUCUCCUCCUCUCACAGUUCUCUUUUCACAUUUUUCAAAAACCCUUUUUUCUUUGUCAAAAACCCAGAAGCAGGCAGGAGGCAGGGAUAGCAAGGCUACAAAGGACCAAAGCCUCACUCUAAUCUAAUAUUUUGCUGUCACAAAAAAAAACAAAUCAAAAGAGAACCUGAAGAUGAAGCUCUCCAUGCUCAUCUUCCUGUGUUUUCUCUCUUUUCUCUUCCAGCAUUCUCACUCCACCACAAUACUAGUAGAUGGGGUUUCAGAGUGGAAAAAUCCCACUGUUCAUGUAGGAGACUCCAUCAUUUUUAAGCACAAGUAUCAGCACAACCUCUACAUUUUCCAGAACCAAAAAGCCUUCAAUAUCUGCAAUUUCACUCAAGCCACACUUCUUAACAAACCUGACUCCACGUCCUUCACGUGGCACCCAUCACGCCCUGGUUUCUUCUACUUUGCCUUCAACAAUGGCUCUAUGCUCAAAACAUGCCAAGAGACCCAAAAGCUGGCUAUCAGAGUCUCCUCCUCUUCCUCAGCAGCAGCACCACCAGGAAGUUCAAGUUCAACAACAACUUCUCCACAGCUUCCUCCAAUGGCUUCCCCAACACCAAGCUCGGGUGGAGGAGGAGCAGUGUCAUCUUCUCCAUCAUAUCCAUGGCCAUUCCACCCUCGCCAAGUUUCCUUCUCUCCCAGCCCACAACCAAGCGUGAGUUCUUCAGUGGCUGUACCAGACAAAGGUGGUGGUGGUGGUAUGCCAUUUAUUAACAGCAACCCUGCAGUUCCUCUGCCUACUGGUGAAGUUGACUCUGCUACAAUACGCCCUUUACCAACUUCUGGCCACCAGGGGCAGGUGUUGGUGCGGUUAUUUGCUCUUCAAAUGGAAAUGGCUCUAUUUUGUGUGGUUUUUUUCCUGAUGCUGUAAAAAGGUAAGGAGAGAGAGAGAGAGAGAGAGAGAGAGAGAUGGUUUGUAAUAUGUGUAAGUAAAUUAAAUCUGGUGUAGGGUAAAUCUUGAUCAGGCAGAGCAGAGAGGCAGUGUGGUGGAGUCUGAAGUAACUUUAAGAGUGAUGAUUAUUUACCAUGUAUUGAGAUGCUCUUAGUCCCUACUUUGGAAAUCA